UUAGAAGGAGCUGCCUCAGGACCCCGGGCUGUGACAGACCACAGUCUCUGAGCGGGGUCUGCCAGUCCAAUCUGGAACCUGGGUCCCAGUGGCUGGAAACCGGUGGAACCCAGGCCUGAGGAGCCAUGUGCUGGCUGCGGGCCUGGAGCCAAAUUCUCCUGCCAGUUUUCCUCUCUCUCCUUCUCAUCCAACUUCUCAUCAGCUUCUCAGAGAAGGGUUUUUCUCACAUCUCCAGACACAGGGGCAAGCAUAGACAAAAAUCUUCGGACUAUGAAGGAUGUGGAUUAAAGAAAACUUGUAAAUUGUGCAUACAAGAUAGAAAUUGUGUUUGGUGCAGUGGAGAAAAUAUUUGCAAACCGUUUUGUAUUUCACAUAUGGGGUGUCACAUAAGUUCGGUACUUUGGUUAAACUGUAAAGUUGACAUGUUUGGAUUCCUGAUGCUUCUGCUCAUUGUAAUAAUAAUUAUAAUAUUCAUUUGCUAUUGCUGCAUCUUUCACUAUUACCUGCAGGAGUAUGUUCAUUUCAUCCUUAGUAAGAAUGCACUUGGGGAUAAUAUCAUUUAAGAAAAUACUAAGCUAGUUAUCAGAAAUGUUUUACCUUUUUAAUGUAAUAAAAGUAAUAUAUCCAGAUGAUAAGGAAAGAAGUAUAGAAUCUUAUAAAAUGAAAAAUUUUAAUUUCUCACCCUCUCCUCUACCUGCGAUACCUCCUCCCCGGAAGUAAUUUUUUAGUAUGAUUUUAUUUGUAGUUCUUUUACUCACCUCUAUAUAUUUGAACAAUAUGGUUACAACCCCUCUUCAUGAUUUAUUAACUUUAGAUGUUUUCUAUUGACUCCUCAUCAUGAAAGCUGAGAAACUUAUCUUGCAUUUUCUGUAUUUGUUCUUUUUUUUUUUUUUUUUUUUUGCUGUUAUUGGAUAUUAUCAUUUUAUUUUUGAAUUUUAAUUAUUAGCUCUUAAGAUUACUAAUCUUUCUUCUGUUGGUAUCUUUUUAAC